UGAUCACAGAUUGCUUUUGCUCGCCGCUCCGCUCGCCGCAGUGUCUCCUACUCUUAUUAUUUGACGAAGAAUCGUUCCGAGGCUGGCUUGAGGGUGAGAAAAGGAACACGCCCUACGUAGUGGUUUUUGUUAUUUUGUGAUUCCGAGUAGAAUUUGAACGACGUAAUUGGCGUAGCCGGCACUCCUAUUUUACAAACAAAAUAAUGAAUGACAAUGGUUGCAUUCACUUGAAUAAUUUUAAGGCCGCCAAGGGUACACAUCCUUAUAAAAUAGUCCACGCAUUUUUCGUAUCAUGCACUUCAUAUGAGGCAAGGAAAUAUAAGGCGACGUCUUGUCUGUGUUUCACAUGUGGUAAACCGGGACCGCGUAUGCAUUCGUGUUUGCACUGCAUAUUCUUCGGAUGCUACGCCGGCCACAUACAAGAUCAUUCAAAGACAAAGAAACACUUUCUAUAUGUUGACCUGAGCUUUGGAAACAUCUUUUGUGCGCAAUGCCAAGACUACAUUUAUGAUAGAGAACUGACUGAUAUUGCUGUUACACACCGAUUGAAAGAAGCAAAAUCAUUAGGAUUAUAUGUGCCAUACACUCCAUGGUUACCUAACAACAAUGAGGCUAUGGCUCUACGCCGUCUCCGCAAGAGAAGACUCAUCAGCCCACACACAACAAUAGGGCUGCGAGGACUUCAAAACCUGGGGUCCACUUGCUUCAUGAACUGCAUUGUCCAGGCACUCAUUCACACGCCCUUACUGCGAGAUUACUUUCUGGCCGAGAAACACAAAUGCAAAGCGCAAAGUUCCGGCAAAUGCCUUGUAUGCGAAGUCUCAAAGUUAUUCCAGGAGUUUUAUUCUGGCGCGAAGACUCCUUUGACCCUACACAGACUUCUGCACCUGAUCUGGACGCACGCGCGCCACCUUGCCGGCUACGAGCAGCAGGACGCACACGAGUUCUUCAUUGCAACGCUUGAUGUACUGCACAGGCACUGUAUGAAUGGCGUUGAAGAUAUAGAGAAGAAAGAGAACGGUCGCUGCAAUUGCAUCAUAGAUCAGAUUUUCACGGGGGGUCUGCAGAGCGAUGUAGUGUGCACAUCAUGUUCAGGCGUGUCUACUACCAUAGACCCUUUUUGGGACAUAAGUCUAGAUGUAGCCGGACCGGGUUCACUACAGGCGUGCUUGGAACGUUUUACACGAGCGGAGCAUCUCGGCUCAGCUGCAAAGAUCAAAUGUUCAAACUGUCGAGCGUACCGGGAAUCGACCAAACAACUGACCCUAGAAACUCUACCAAUAGUCGCAAGUUUCCAUCUCAAACGCUUCGAACACUCGUCACAGAUCGACAGGAAGAUAUCAGCAUUCAUAUCGUUCCCCGCUGAGUUGGAUAUGACACCGUUUAUGUCGUCACAUCGUCGUGCAGUAGAUAUGGGUGGUGCGGACAAUAAUAACGCACCUCAAGGCAUCUUUGAAGAUAAUCGUUACUCGUUGUUCGCUGUAGUUAACCAUUUGGGUUCGCUGGACGCCGGCCAUUACACCGCAUAUGUGCGCCAAAUGAAAGGAAGCUGGUUCAAAUGCGAUGAUCAUAUGAUCACAAGAGCAUCACUACGAGAAGUCUUAGAUAGUGAAGGGUAUCUACUCUUCUAUCAUAAAACCGUCCUGGAAUAUGAAUGUGAUGUGUCAUAAAUUGGAAAUUUCAUAAAUUAUUGGGCUCAUGUUUAGUUGGAAACAGUUUACAGAUGAUUUGUAAACGAUAGUGACGUGUUUGAUGAAUCAAAUUGAUACACUGGUUGUUGACCAGAUAUUUCUGUAAUUAACUUUGAAAUAAAGUGAUAUUAGUGCAUAUACAAUUAUCAAAAUCGUUUCCAAAAUGAGGAAGUUGUGUUGGUGAUGAUUUUUCUUAGCGCUAAGCUUUAAUGUAUUGUAUUGUUGUAAAUUAUGUCUGAAUAUUGUAUACUACUUGUAUAACGA